AUGGCCAUGAUGCUCAUGAUCAUGAUUCUCCGUGUGCUGAUCCUGAUGCUCAUGAUCAUGAUUCUCCGUGUGCUGAUCCUGAUGCUCAUGAUCAUGAUUCUCCGUGUGCUGAUCCUGAUGCUCAUGAUCAUGAUUCUCCGUGUGCUGAUCCUGAUGCUCAUGAUCAUGAUUCUCCGUGUGCUGAUCCUGAUGCUCAUGAUCAUGAUUCUCCGUGUGCUGAUCCUGAUGCUCAUGAUCAUGAUUCUCCGUGUGCUGAUCCUGAUGCUCAUGAUCAUGAUUCUCCGUGUGCUGAUCCUGAUGCUCAUGAUCAUGAUUCUCCGUGUGCUGAUCCUGAUGCUCAUGAUCAUGAUUCUCCGUGUGCUGAUCCUGAUGCUCAUGAUCAUGAUUCUCCGUGUGCUGAUCCUGAUGCUCAUGAUCAUGAUUCUCCGUGUGCUGAUCCUGAUGCUCAUGAUCAUGAUUCUCCGUGUGCUGAUCCUGAUGCUCAUGAUCAUGAUUCUCCGUGUGCUGAUCCUGAUGCUCAUGAUCAUGAUUCUCCGUGUGCUGAUCCUGAUGCUCAUGAUCAUGAUUCUCCGUGUGCUGAUCCUGAUGCUCAUGAUCAUGAUUCUCCGUGUGCUGAUCCUGAUGCUCAUGAUCAUGAUUCUCCGUGUGCUGAUCCUGAUGCUCAUGAUCAUGAUUCUCCGUGUGCUGAUCCUGAUGCUCAUGAUCAUGAUUCUCCGUGUGCUGAUCCUGAUGCUCAUGAUCAUGAUUCUCCGUGUGCUGAUCCUGAUGCUCAUGAUCAUGAUUCUCCGUGUGCUGAUCCUGAUGCUCAUGAUCAUGAUUCUCCGUGUGCUGAUCCUGAUGCUCAUGAUCAUGAUUCUCCGUGUGCUGAUCCUGAUGCUCAUGAUCAUGAUUCUCCGUGUGCUGAUCCUGAUGCUCAUGAUCAUGAUUCUCCGUGUGCUGAUCCUGAUGCUCAUGAUCAUGAUUCUCCGUGUGCUGAUCCUGAUGCUCAUGAUCAUGAUUCUCCGUGUGCUGAUCCUGAUGCUCAUGAUCAUGAUUCUCCGUGUGCUGAUCCUGAUGCUCAUGAUCAUGAUUCUCCGUGUGCUGAUCCUGAUGCUCAUGAUCAUGAUUCUCCGUGUGCUGAUCCUGAUGCUCAUGAUCAUGAUUCUCCGUGUGCUGAUCCUGAUGCUCAUGAUCAUGAUUCUCCGUGUGCUGAUCCUGAUGCUCAUGAUCAUGAUUCUCCGUGUGCUGAUCCUGAUGCUCAUGAUCAUGAUUCUCCGUGUGCUGAUCCUGAUGCUCAUGAUCAUGAUUCUCCGUGUGCUGAUCCUGAUGCUCAUGAUCAUGAUUCUCCGUGUGCUGAUCCUGAUGCUCAUGAUCAUGAUUCUCCGUGUGCUGAUCCUGAUGCUCAUGAUCAUGAUUCUCCGUGUGCUGAUCCUGAUGCUCAUGAUCAUGAUUCUCCGUGUGCUGAUCCUGAUGCUCAUGAUCAUGAUUCUCCGUGUGCUGAUCCUGAUGCUCAUGAUCAUGAUUCUCCGUGUGCUGAUCCUGAUGCUCAUGAUCAUGAUUCUCCGUGUGCUGAUCCUGAUGCUCAUGAUCAUGAUUCUCCGUGUGCUGAUCCUGAUGCUCAUGAUCAUGAUUCUCCGUGUGCUGAUCCUGAUGCUCAUGAUCAUGAUUCUCCGUGUGCUGAUCCUGAUGCUCAUGAUCAUGAUUCUCCGUGUGCUGAUCCUGAUGCUCAUGAUCAUGAUUCUCCGUGUGCUGAUCCUGAUGCUCAUGAUCAUGAUUCUCCGUGUGCUGAUCCUGAUGCUCAUGAUCAUGAUUCUCCGUGUGCUGAUCCUGAUGCUCAUGAUCAUGAUUCUCCGUGUGCUGAUCCUGAUGCUCAUGAUCAUGAUUCUCCGUGUGCUGAUCCUGAUGCUCAUGAUCAUGAUUCUCCGUGUGCUGAUCCUGAUGCUCAUGAUCAUGAUUCUCCGUGUGCUGAUCCUGAUGCUCAUGAUCAUGAUUCUCCGUGUGCUGAUCCUGAUGCUCAUGAUCAUGAUUCUCCGUGUGCUGAUCCUGAUGCUCAUGAUCAUGAUUCUCCGUGUGCUGAUCCUGAUGCUCAUGAUCAUGAUUCUCCGUGUGCUGAUCCUGAUGCUCAUGAUCAUGAUUCUCCGUGUGCUGAUCCUGAUGCUCAUGAUCAUGAUUCUCCGUGUGCUGAUCCUGAUGCUCAUGAUCAUGAUUCUCCGUGUGCUGAUCCUGAUGCUCAUGAUCAUGAUUCUCCGUGUGCUGAUCCUGAUGCUCAUGAUCAUGAUUCUCCGUGUGCUGAUCCUGAUGCUCAUGAUCAUGAUUCUCCGUGUGCUGAUCCUGAUGCUCAUGAUCAUGAUUCUCCGUGUGCUGAUCCUGAUGCUCAUGAUCAUGAUUCUCCGUGUGCUGAUCCUGAUGCUCAUGAUCAUGAUUCUCCGUGUGCUGAUCCUGAUGCUCAUGAUCAUGAUUCUCCGUGUGCUGAUCCUGAUGCUCAUGAUCAUGAUUCUCCGUGUGCUGAUCCUGAUGCUCAUGAUCAUGAUUCUCCGUGUGCUGAUCCUGAUGCUCAUGAUCAUGAUUCUCCGUGUGCUGAUCCUGAUGCUCAUGAUCAUGAUUCUCCGUGUGCUGAUCCUGAUGCUCAUGAUCAUGAUUCUCCGUGUGCUGAUCCUGAUGCUCAUGAUCAUGAUUCUCCGUGUGCUGAUCCUGAUGCUCAUGAUCAUGAUUCUCCGUGUGCUGAUCCUGAUGCUCAUGAUCAUGAUUCUCCGUGUGCUGAUCCUGAUGCUCAUGAUCAUGAUUCUCCGUGUGCUGAUCCUGAUGCUCAUGAUCAUGAUUCUCCGUGUGCUGAUCCUGAUGCUCAUGAUCAUGAUUCUCCGUGUGCUGAUCCUGAUGCUCAUGAUCAUGAUUCUCCGUGUGCUGAUCCUGAUGCUCAUGAUCAUGAUUCUCCGUGUGCUGAUCCUGAUGCUCAUGAUCAUGAUUCUCCGUGUGCUGAUCCUGAUGCUCAUGAUCAUGAUUCUCCGUGUGCUGAUCCUGAUGCUCAUGAUCAUGAUUCUCCGUGUGCUGAUCCUGAUGCUCAUGAUCAUGAUUCUCCGUGUGCUGAUCCUGAUGCUCAUGAUCAUGAUUCUCCGUGUGCUGAUCCUGAUGCUCAUGAUCAUGAUUCUCCGUGUGCUGAUCCUGAUGCUCAUGAUCAUGAUUCUCCGUGUGCUGAUCCUGAUGCUCAUGAUCAUGAUUCUCCGUGUGCUGAUCCUGAUGCUCAUGAUCAUGAUUCUCCGUGUGCUGAUCCUGAUGCUCAUGAUCAUCAUUCUCCGUGUGCUGAUCCUGAUGCUCAUGAUCAUGAUUCUCCGUGUGCUGAUCCUGAUGCUCAUGAUCAUGAUUCUCCGUGUGCUGAUCCUGAUGCUCAUGAUCAUGAUUCUCCGUGUGCUGAUCCUGAUGCUCAUGAUCAUGAUUCUCCGUGUGCUGAUCCUGAUGCUCAUGAUCAUGAUUCUCCGUGUGCUGAUCCUGAUGCUCAUGAUCAUGAUUCUCCGUGUGCUGAUCCUGAUGCUCAUGAUCAUGAUUCUCCGUGUGCUGAUCCUGAUGCUCAUGAUCAUGAUUCUCCGUGUGCUGAUCCUGAUGCUCAUGAUCAUGAUUCUCCGUGUGCUGAUCCUGAUGCUCAUGAUCAUGAUUCUCCGUGUGCUGAUCCUGAUGCUCAUGAUCAUGAUUCUCCGUGUGCUGAUCCUGAUGCUCAUGAUCAUGAUUCUCCGUGUGCUGAUCCUGAUGCUCAUGAUCAUGAUUCUCCGUGUGCUGAUCCUGAUGCUCAUGAUCAUGAUUCUCCGUGUGCUGAUCCUGAUGCUCAUGAUCAUGAUUCUCCGUGUGCUGAUCCUGAUGCUCAUGAUCAUGAUUCUCCGUGUGCUGAUCCUGAUGCUCAUGAUCAUGAUUCUCCGUGUGCUGAUCCUGAUGCUCAUGAUCAUGAUUCUCCGUGUGCUGAUCCUGAUGCUCAUGAUCAUGAUUCUCCGUGUGCUGAUCCUGAUGCUCAUGAUCAUGAUUCUCCGUGUGCUGAUCCUGAUGCUCAUGAUCAUGAUUCUCCGUGUGCUGAUCCUGAUGCUCAUGAUCAUGAUUCUCCGUGUGCUGAUCCUGAUGCUCAUGAUCAUGAUUCUCCGUGUGCUGAUCCUGAUGCUCAUGAUCAUGAUUCUCCGUGUGCUGAUCCUGAUGCUCAUGAUCAUGAUUCUCCGUGUGCUGAUCCUGAUGCUCAUGAUCAUGAUUCUCCGUGUGCUGAUCCUGAUGCUCAUGAUCAUGAUUCUCCGUGUGCUGAUCCUGAUGCUCAUGAUCAUGAUUCUCCGUGUGCUGAUCCUGAUGCUCAUGAUCAUGAUUCUCCGUGUGCUGAUCCUGAUGCUCAUGAUCAUGAUUCUCCGUGUGCUGAUCCUGAUGCUCAUGAUCAUGAUUCUCCGUGUGCUGAUCCUGAUGCUCAUGAUCAUGAUUCUCCGUGUGCUGAUCCUGAUGCUCAUGAUCAUGAUUCUCCGUGUGCUGAUCCUGAUGCUCAUGAUCAUGAUUCUCCGUGUGCUGAUCCUGAUGCUCAUGAUCAUGAUUCUCCGUGUGCUGAUCCUGAUGCUCAUGAUCAUGAUUCUCCGUGUGCUGAUCCUGAUGCUCAUGAUCAUGAUUCUCCGUGUGCUGAUCCUGAUGCUCAUGAUCAUGAUUCUCCGUGUGCUGAUCCUGAUGCUCAUGAUCAUGAUUCUCCGUGUGCUGAUCCUGAUGCUCAUGAUCAUGAUUCUCCGUGUGCUGAUCCUGAUGCUCAUGAUCAUGAUUCUCCGUGUGCUGAUCCUGAUGCUCAUGAUCAUGAUUCUCCGUGUGCUGAUCCUGAUGCUCAUGAUCAUGAUUCUCCGUGUGCUGAUCCUGAUGCUCAUGAUCAUGAUUCUCCGUGUGCUGAUCCUGAUGCUCAUGAUCAUGAUUCUCCGUGUGCUGAUCCUGAUGCUCAUGAUCAUGAUUCUCCGUGUGCUGAUCCUGAUGCUCAUGAUCAUGAUUCUCCGUGUGCUGAUCCUGAUGCUCAUGAUCAUGAUUCUCCGUGUGCUGAUCCUGAUGCUCAUGAUCAUGAUUCUCCGUGUGCUGAUCCUGAUGCUCAUGAUCAUGAUUCUCCGUGUGCUGAUCCUGAUGCUCAUGAUCAUGAUUCUCCGUGUGCUGAUCCUGAUGCUCAUGAUCAUGAUUCUCCGUGUGCUGAUCCUGAUGCUCAUGAUCAUGAUUCUCCGUGUGCUGAUCCUGAUGCUCAUGAUCAUGAUUCUCCGUGUGCUGAUCCUGAUGCUCAUGAUCAUGAUUCUCCGUGUGCUGAUCCUGAUGCUCAUGAUCAUGAUUCUCCGUGUGCUGAUCCUGAUGCUCAUGAUCAUGAUUCUCCGUGUGCUGAUCCUGAUGCUCAUGAUCAUGAUUCUCCGUGUGCUGAUCCUGAUGCUCAUGAUCAUGAUUCUCCGUGUGCUGAUCCUGAUGCUCAUGAUCAUGAUUCUCCGUGUGCUGAUCCUGAUGCUCAUGAUCAUGAUUCUCCGUGUGCUGAUCCUGAUGCUCAUGAUCAUGAUUCUCCGUGUGCUGAUCCUGAUGCUCAUGAUCAUGAUUCUCCGUGUGCUGAUCCUGAUGCUCAUGAUCAUGAUUCUCCGUGUGCUGAUCCUGAUGCUCAUGAUCAUGAUUCUCCGUGUGCUGAUCCUGAUGCUCAUGAUCAUCAUUCUCCGUGUGCUGAUCCUGAUGCUCAUGAUCAUGAUUCUCCGUGUGCUGAUCCUGAUGCUCAUGAUCAUGAUUCUCCGUGUGCUGAUCCUGAUGCUCAUGAUCAUGAUUCUCCGUGUGCUGAUCCUGAUGCUCAUGAUCAUGAUUCUCCGUGUGCUGAUCCUGAUGCUCAUGAUCAUGAUUCUCCGUGUGCUGAUCCUGAUGCUCAUGAUCAUGAUUCUCCGUGUGCUGAUCCUGAUGCUCAUGAUCAUGAUUCUCCGUGUGCUGAUCCUGAUGCUCAUGAUCAUGAUUCUCCGUGUGCUGAUCCUGAUGCUCAUGAUCAUGAUUCUCCGUGUGCUGAUCCUGAUGCUCAUGAUCAUGAUUCUCCGUGUGCUGAUCCUGAUGCUCAUGAUCAUGAUUCUCCGUGUGCUGAUCCUGAUGCUCAUGAUCAUGAUUCUCCGUGUGCUGAUCCUGAUGCUCAUGAUCAUGAUUCUCCGUGUGCUGAUCCUGAUGCUCACGAUGGUGCUUAUGCUCAUGGUGAUCCUCCUCAUGCUCAUGAUUGUGCUCACCAAAUCCCCAGCGCGAACGCCAUCUGAACCACCAGCGCCUGGGCUACUGUGA